AGAACUCCUGCCGCGAGCUUACAUCGCACCGAAGUUACACACAAAGCCCCGCUGAAGCACAUCGCUUUUUUAAUUAUUGCGGCCAUGGCUGAACCGCCUGCGAAGAGGGCGCGGCUAGAUGGCCUCGAGCCCGUCAAUGUCGACGCACCCGCUUCACCUGUCGAUGAUUUCGAUGACGAUUUCUACGAAAACACUCAAGUUGAUGAUGCCGGGCACUCCAAAGUCGACAAUGUGAUGCCGUCCCCUGCUGCACAGUCCAACAACACUGCUGCUUUGAUCCCUGGGCUUAGCUUUUGGACCUCACCUUCUGCUCCCAAUACAUCAACUACAGCUCCUGCAGACACAAAGCCAGUUUCGAAUCCUCUGUCGCUUGCUACUGAAGACGGCGAGGAUAUGGAAGAUGGCGAGGUCUCCGACACAGACGUCUUCUAUGGGGACCAGCAGCAGGAAGCGCAAGCCCUGGUGACUGCCGCAGAAGACGCGCCGCAGCACAAUGAACAAGACGCAUCCAAUUCUACUGCGCCUGCCGUACCUACCAUCGAUCCUACAACAUCGCAAUCACAAUCCAUAGCUGCAGUAGAUGCCAACAAGCCUACUUCUGCCAAUGACGACCCCGUAGCUACAGCGUCUGAGCCUGUAGAUGAGGCCAAGAUCGAGUUCUUACAGGCCGCCGAAGUCAACAAAGACAACGAACAAGCAGAAUGGCAGUUGGAUUCUGAAGCAUCAGACUCGUCCGAUUCCUCCAGUGAAGAUUCGAGUUCUGACUCAGACUCGGAAUCGGAAGGCGAGUUGCUCACCCCAGAGGAGGCUAUCAAACGAAUGAUGGCAGAAGAUCCUGAGGAUGGUGACGGUCCUGCUCCUAAGGCGAAAGUCAAAACUCAAAAUGAGGUUGACGAGCAAUACCAGAAGCCUGACAUCACCGUAACUGAGGCUAUGCAAAUAACAGAGCUCGGCAAUGUCGAGAACAUCGUCGAUAACCUUAUCUUGAUCAAAGCAAACGUAUCUGGAGAUUAUCACGUUUUAGAGUCCGGCUCCGCAGUAUGCUUAGACAACCGUACUGUCAUCGGACAAGUCUCUGAAACCAUCGGACGUGUUCAAGACCCCAGAUACUCUGUAGGGUUUGCAAGCGCGGAAGAGAUAUCCACAUUGGGCAUCACUAAAGGUACCCGCAUCUUCUAUGUCAACGAGCAUUCCACGUUUGUCUACACUGAGCCUUUACGAGCAGAGAAGCACACUGAUGCAUCUGGGCAAUACGACGAGGAGACCAAUGUAAAAGAGUUUUCCGAUGACGAAGAGGAAGCGAAUUUCAAGAGAGAGAUCAGGGAGAAGAAGAAAGACCUCAAGCGCAAGGCGAACGGAGAUGGACAAGACGACCAUCAGCCUGCAGCUUAUACGAAUCUCCCGUAUGCUGAUGGCGUGCCUACUUCCCGGGCAAAUCCUGCGCCAUCCAACUAUCAAAAUGCUCCUCUGAAGUAUAGUGACGAUGAAGAUGAAGACUUAGGUAUGUACAGGCCUCUCGCCAGACCCGAUCGAUUUGAAGACGUUGUUGGCGCCGGUGCUCCUCUGGAAGAUCGUAGCCACGUGCGUCGUGGAGCUAUGCGAGGUCGAGGUUGGGUGGAUCGUGGACGCGGGUUCAGGGGACGAGGGGGUAUGGGGGCUGGUCGCGGCGACAGAUUCGAUAGGGGCGGUAUGCACAACGGCGGUGGUCGAGGGGAUCGAUUCGAUAGAGGUGGUGGCCGCAGUGAUAGGGGAGGGCAAAACAGUCGAGGCCGCGGUGACCGUUCGAAUCGUGGUCAGAACGAUAGGCAGGGGCGACACCAACAGCAAGAUAGGCAGAUGAGCGGGCCUCCCCAGGAUAACCGCCAGGGUCGGCGGGGAGCAUUCUCGCCAUCUCCCGCACGACAGAACCAAGGGCGUCAUCAACAGGCUCAACAUUCCCCACCGCGUGGGAAGAAGAAUCGCAAGAGACACCAUCGCGGCUCACCAGACCAGGCCUCACAAGCAGCCCCGGCGGCAUCUGCAGCUUCUACGAGCAACGUGAACAUGAAUGCGUAUGCUGUCAACAAUGCGCAAAGCAGCACGGAUUGGAGUUCAGCCUACUCGACAGCAGCACCAGCAAACUAUGCAACGCCAUCUAUGAAUAUUCCAGCACCCCCAGCUGCUUAUGCCAAUCCAGCGUACCACCCACAGCAAGCCCACGACAUGGCGCAAUGGAUUCAGCUUGCAGCGGCCAUACAGCAGGCUCAGGUGCAGCAGCAAGCGGUGCAACCUCCGCCCCAACAAGCGCAACAUCAGCCGCAAGGUCACUACGCCUACCCGUAUCAAUACCAGCAAGCUCCUGCGCAAAGCGCCAACCCAGGGCAGGCCAAUAGUCAGCCAGCCGGCAGCACACCGUCCCUGCAGGACAUUCUCAGGGCGCUCGGAAACGGAUCGGGAAGCUGA